AUGGAUCUACUUGAAAAUCUCGAUCGCUUGCGGAGGUAUGGAAGAGAGCCAGUACAACGCGCUCUCAGGGAUAGGAGUUAUCCUUUUGACAAUCUAAGCGACGAUGAGUUCAGAAGAAGCUAUCGCUUCUCUCGCAACGUCUUCUUUAGCAUCUGUGAAUUGCUGAAGGUCGGACCUCGAGCUUCAAGAGACAUGGAACAAAUCUUAGCGUGCCUCAACAAGUAUCUAUCGCCAUCCAUUUACUUGGCAGAAAUGUUAUGCAGAGUGACUCUGCAGCGGGCUGUCAUCAAGCCACGGUUUCCCGUGUCUUGCAGGCAGUUGUUCAAGCCCUCAACCGAAAAGCGAGCCAGUUCAUAUAUUGGCCGGAUGAGCAGGAGGGCGCGAGGAUCAGCCGUGCUUUUUUUGAUAAAUACCCUGGGGUUCAUUGACGGUACACACUGCCGCAUCCAGCGACCUCACGUUGCAGAAGGAGAUUUCGUCAACAGAAAGGGGUAUCAUAGCCUCAACGUUGGGAUGGUGGUUGACUACGAUUUGAGGAUCAGAUGGGUCAGCUCCAAAUUUCCGGGAUCUGCCCACGAUUCGCGUGUCUUCAAAACGUCGGAGCUUUACGAACAGCUGAAAAAUCAGGAGCUCAGUGAAGAGCGUUACAAUAGAGCUGUCUGCUCUGCUCGCGCGCGUGUCGAGCGGGCCUUCGCAGUUCUGAAGCGGCAAUUUCACAUCUUACAUGGAGAGUGCAGGUACUCUCCAGAUAGAGCCGCUCAAAUAGUAGUAGCAUGCUGCGUGUUACGAAAUAUAGCGAUAGGACAGAACGAAUCCAGCGAUUACGAUGAGUAUGCUGGGGCGGAUCGUGAGGACGACGAGGUUCCGUCAGAUCCUCUAGUCGAAACUCCUAGUCCGAGUGCAGUUGCCUUUAGACAAAGUAUCAUAGACCGUUACUUUUGA